CUGUCAUCUCGACGGACACGCAUCUAUCUAACCCAUGCAGUCGUCGGCCGCGUCUCCGUCAUCGCAGACGCAUGAUACAACCCCAGUCGUCCCCACGGCAUCGUUGGAUGCGUCCAAGCUGGAAGAGAAGUUUGCGGCCGUGAACGGGGACUUCACGCGCGGCGUGACGAUCAAGGGUAAGGACGACGCGAUGAAGCUGCAGGGCAAGGUCAACGACUGGCGAGACGACGUAAGCACGCUGGCCACGCACAUCGCGGCGCAGCUUCAGUUCUGCAAGUCACUGCGGACGAGUAAGGCCAUGGCGCUCAUUCCCAACACGACACCCGGCGACAGCGAUAGCCAGGGCGAAGUGGAUAUCUUUCGACUGUUGCGGUCCGAUAUUCGCAGCUUGUACGAGUACCGCCUGUCGUACCUUUCCAAUAUGACCGACUCGAUGCACUGGGCUGGCCUGGACAAAGAAGCCGCUCGUAUGAAGGAGAUAUUGGACGCGCCGUCCACGCUCGACAAGACUGGCGGCGACCCCACGGUCGCGUUCGAUACCCUGUUGAAGUUUGUCAUGGCCAAAGGCGAUAUGGUGUCCAAGAUCGCCGACGAUUUCGUGUCCAAGAAGAAGGAAGUGGACAUGAACAACGGCAUCGAGGACGAGCUCGUGCUGGACGACCACAGCGCCACGUCGAUGCUGCUGAGCCGGGACACCAAAUUAUUCACCAAGUUACUCGACACAUUUCAAUUGCUGUACAAGGAGUCUAGAAAACCGUCCAACACUCAGACACCGCAGUCUGGCGACGACAGUGGCGGUCUGUUUGCGUCGACCACGACGGCCGACUGGGAGGGCGCCAAAGGAUUGCGCAUGGAUGAAGCCAAUUUUACGAUUCAAAAGUUGCAACGGGAAGUGAACGAUUUGAAGAUUCAAAAGGCCAAGUUGGUGUCGACAAAUUCGCAAUUGGAAGACAACUUUGCGCACAUGUUGGCGCAAUUUGAGCUAGAAAAACGAACCCACCAAGCCAAUGUACAAUGGCACGAGCCCCGCAUACAAAAGCUGGAAGACGAGAUUCGGACGUCUGCCAAUGCACUCGCGGAACUACGGCUCAAUGUGGACCUCAUCACAAAUAUGUACAAGAAAACAUGUGAUGACGUGGUCGCAUAUGACAAGCAAAAGAGCGUUGUGGCAGACGAACGUGACAUAUUGGGACAGAAAUUGCACGACGAAGUGAAAAAGAUCAGCAUCCUCAACUUGGAGCUAGUGCGCAAGGACAAGCUGGUCAUGUACGCCAUGGGAGCGCGCCACGAAGUGCUCAAGUGCUGGAACGAAACCAAAGCUGCCUUGGCCGAGAUGACCACGCAACGAGAUAACUUGGCGGCGACGUUGCAAGAUACCCAGCAGUCUGUCCGACGGCUGGAGGCGUUGCUGGUGGAGCGAGAUGAAAUGUGUGUGGUGUUGAAGCGGGAAGUGAGCGAGAAGGGGGCAGCCAUCGACACCCUUCGCGGGAACAUCGUCGAGUUGCAAACUGGCCACGAAGAGCGCAUGCUGGAGAAGACCAAGCGUCACGAAGAAGGUUCAUCUAUUAUUUAUUAUCGGUUCAUGAUAGAUGAUGGUUUAGAAUUCGACAAAUUGCUGGUGAAAUUCGACAAGACCAAGAAAGAACUCGUGGAAACGGUCCAAGACAACAUCAUAUCCUUGACCAUGUAUAUUUUGUAUUUGUUUGAUAUUUGGAAAUAUGUAUUUGCUAUAUAUAUUUGUAUUUGCUUGAUAUAUGUGAAAUAUGUGAGCCUUAACCUGCUGGUGCACAUCUUGGACGGCAAGCUGCGCGCGGCGCACGAUCGCAUCUCCCGCUUCCUGUCGUAAUGUUCAAGGAAGAGUGCGCAAAAACCCCGAAACCCCGAAAAUACUAGUGCAUAGGCUAUUAAACUUAUUGAAAGUGUUAACUAGUUACUAUACAAAGUACCAUUACAGUUUCUAUGUA